GAUGAAGGGAAAGGUGUUGUAUUAUAUAAGUAUCCAAAUAUCUAGCCAAAAAAUACAAAGAUAACUAUCUACACAACAUUUCAAACCAAUUUAAACUAUAUUUCCUCAUUUAACAUAUUAUCAUUUGUGUGAUUUCCAGAGUACUCCAUUUUAUAGUUCUGCCUUAAUUUUAAUCUAAUGUUUAUAUCAAGAAUGCAUCUGACUACAGAUAAAUUCGUAAACUAAUAUUUAUCCUAUGGAAAAAUGUUCAGCUAAAAUAAAGAAACUUUCUACCAGUUUAAUUAUUUUCAUUUUUUUUUUAUCAUUACAAGGAAAUCGUUCUGUUAAAGCAAUACAUUUAAUACAAAGAAGUAAAAACGCCAUAAACUUAAAUAAGUAUAUCGAAAAUCGUAUAUAUUAUACCGGCGAUACUGUUUCAGACAAAAAUGCACCACCAUAAGGUAUGCUCUGGAAGCUCCUACUAUCUUCCGUCGCCGAUGCUGCACUCGAUUAACGCGGAAUAUGAGAGCGUUAAGUUUGUCGUGGUGACGGGUGGAGUGUGCAGUUCCCUUGGCAAAGGCAUCACCACUAGCGCGACCGGGGCCCUCCUGCGCGCUGCCGGCUACCGCGUCCACAGCAUCAAAAUCGAUCCCUACCUCAACAUCGACGCUGGGCUGAUGAGCCCUUUUGAGCACGGCGAAGUUUACGUCCUGGAGGACGGCUGCGAGGCCGAUCUUGACCUCGGCAACUACGAGCGCUGGAUGAACGUGCAUCUCAGGCGCGAGCACAACAUCACCACCGGCAAGGUCUACCAGCAGUUGAUCACCAAAGAGCGCGCGGGUGGGUUUUUGGGCAAGACGGUCCAGAUGGUUCCCCAUUUCACGAACGAAGUUGUCGAUCAAAUCUUCGCGUUAUGCCAGAAACCAUUGGUCACAGGGAGUACCGAAUUGCCUCAAAUCUGCAUGAUUGAGCUCGGGGGCACCGUGGGGGAUAUGGAAUCCCAGAGUUUUGUAGAGUCCCUCCGUCGGCUGCGCUACUCCAUCCUGCCCGAGGACUUCUGUUUGCUUCACACGACUUACCUCCCCGUCUUUGGCGGCACUCAAAAGACGAAGCCAACCCAACACAGCUGUCGGACUUUGCUCUCGCUCGGGCUUUCGCCGGAUUUCCUGAUUUGCCGCAGUGAGCAGCCGAUAACGUCGGAUGUGCGGGAAAAGCUCAGCAAUCAGUGCGGUGUGCAGUCUAAGGAUAUCAUUGGUGCCCCCGAUGUGGACUGCCUUUAUCAGAUCCCGAUCGAGUUUGCAGACCAGGGCCUUAUUCAGCGCAUUCUUCAUAAGUUGCGCCUCAAGCCCUCGAGGCCCGCGGUGGGCGUCCCCACCUAUGAGUCUUUUAAGGAAUUCACAAGCAUUUUGCGCAAUCCAUCCAAUAGCACUGUGCGAAUUGCCUUUGUCGGGAAGUACGUGACCGGCGGCAGCGAUGCCUACUUUUCGGUAUUGCAGACGUUUGAGCAUUGCCAGCUCGCGCUUCAUCUUAAGAUCGACAUCCUCUACAUUGACAGCGAGGACUUGGAGGGGGUGAACGCCGAGGAGGCCAAGGAGGCGAUUCUGGGUUGUGAUGGUAUUUUCGUUCCGGGUGGGUUUGGAGUGCGUGGGGUGAAGGGGAUGUGUGCAGCCGUGCAGCUCGCACGUACCCACAACAUCCCAUACUUGGGUGUCUGCCUGGGGCUGCAGGUCGCCCUAAUUGAGAUCGCACGCAACGUCAUAGGUUGGGAGGACGCCAACAGUGAGGAGUUUGAUCCUAAAUCGACCCAUCAGAUUGUCCGCAUUAUGGACACGGACAGGACCAAAAUGGGUGCUAACAUGCAUCUUGGUGGACGCGAUGUCCACAUCAUCGAGGACUCUUCGAUUCUCAAAAAGAUUUACUCCGGAGCGUCUUUGAUUUUGGAGCGUCACCGGCACCGCUAUGAGGUUAACACUCAGUACCUAAAUGAGCUGCAGGGGGCGGGGGUUCUCUUUUCAGGGGCUUCAGACCCUCAGCUUGGCCCUCUUUCACGUAUUGAGGCCAUCGAAUGCCCGUCGUUGCGAUUUUUCUUCGCUGUGCAAUACCACCCAGAGUUUGUUUCUUCUCCACUGGAUCCCUCUCCGUCGUAUUUAGCUUUCAUGGCGGCCGUUGCGAAGCGAGAGUACACUUGGCCUGAGGCUUGCACACAGCGCCGACUGCCUGAACGUCUCCGCAGUUUUUCAUGA